CUUUUUUGUCUGCCACACAAUAGUUUCUUCUUCACAGACACUAAAAGCUCGACAAUUCUGAGAUAAGAAAGGAGAGGAAAGCACAAAAAGAAAAAAACAAGGAAAAAUUAUAUAGAUUUCUAUGAUUGAGAGGGAAUGGGGCACAGAGAAAGAGAGAAAGAGGGAAGAAGAGGCCCUAAGGAUAGAACUGAGACCCCUAAUUUGAAUCUCUUUAAAGACCAAAGUGGGAAUCCAAAUAAAGGGUAAGAAAAAAGAAGGUGUUAAGGGAAAAGGGGAAUAUCAAAAAGAAAAUACAUUUUGUCUUUCUGAACAUGCUUGGUUUUCUACCUUUAUCUAUAUACCAUUUCCUAUGAUCAUCAAACACACCAUCCCGGCAGAAUUCUUCACCAAUUGAAAGAUCAAUCAUGCUGACUGCCAAGAACCUCCAUAUUCUGAAACCUCUCCUUUUCAUUCUCAAUUUGUUCUUCACUACUUCCAUAGCUCAAGAAAGCUUUUGUGGCAAAAUCCGAAUCCAAGCACCCUUUUUGAAUUCAAGUUCAACUGAAUCAUCAUCUCUAUUACACCGCAUGAUCCAAUGCAAAUCCCAGAAGCUAUACUUCAGAACCUCUCUUGGUCUUUUUCCUGUCUCUGCCAUCAAUUACACUACAAAAUUCCUAACCAUCUCUCACCCUCCUUGUUCUUCUUCACUCCACUAUGUCUCUCCUUCGCUUCUCUCAGCUGGUUUUCCUUCUCCUCCACUUCCCAACUCACUUCUUCUCUUCAACUGCUCAAACAAAAUAAUACACCCCAUGUCACCCUUCAUCAGAAACUGCUCUUUCUUCCAUCCAUGUGGAGCUUUUUCUUCUCGAGUUCAAAAACAAGAACAGCCAAAACUCCCUCCUUCAUGCUUUCUUGUUGAUGAUCUUGAAAAGGUAAACGUGGGUUUUGAUCCAAAACAUCUAAAUUGCUCACAUUACAGCCACAUACAUAGAUCUUUGGCUGAUGAUCAUCACAGCUAUGAAGGGUAUGAGCUGGGGACAAGGAUUUCCUUUGACAUUCCUGAUCAUGUACCAAAUCCCUGUGAUGAGUGUGAGAAGCCUAAUGGCAACUGUGGAGUUGGGUUGAGGUGCAUUUGCCACCCAAAUGAGUGUAAAAAUAAGGUCAUUUCUAUGGGCGGAUCCGUGGACCCCUUUGCUUUUGCCAUCGCGUCCCUCUUGUUGUCCAAACUUGUUGAUCCUUUAAUACACCCCCGCAACCUGACGGGCGAAGAGACCAUGAGUUUGUCAAGCAGAAAACACAAACGAGCGGCAAUGUGGCUCUUCAUAAAGCCAAUUGAUCCACAGUGGAGAGAUGACGCACUUGAAUAUCCUUGUUAUUGA